UGAUAUAUAAGACAUUGAAAAAUUGGCAACUAUCAGGGUAGUAGGUAGGGAUAAUAGAUUGUGGCUAAUUUAAAAGUGCCGUUGUCACAACGUCCGAAAUUACAAUACUGAAAGGGUCUAGUAGUGUCCUGUACCGGAUUUAAUCAAGAAAAAAAAAAUGGGUGACGAAAACGAUGAUUGGUUCACAUCUAUGGACGAAGAACCAGCUCCAGCGCCUGAGCCAGAAAAAAAAGGAGCAAAAGGUGCAAAACCGAGUGAAGCCGCACCCCAAGACCAAAAGGAAGCUGCUCAAAGCGCCGAAGAACAAGCACAACAAGAGGAGGCUGCUGCUGAGGACGAAUAUUUAGAUCCCGACAAGCUAAUCCUCUUCAAACAUUGGAUAAGGCCGAAAUUUCUACAGUACAAUUAUCUGUAUGAUUAUCAACAUAGCUACUAUAACGAUGUGAUCGACUACUUGGACAGAAAAAGUAGGGGGUUAAAUUCAGAAAUACCCCGACCUCAAACAUGGGCAGAAAGGGCAUUACGCACUUAUGUCAGUAAAAUAGACAAAUUAGAGUCUUACAGAAGAGAGAUAGAAGAAAAACUCAAGAUGGCGAAGAAGAUCGAGAAGAAAACCAGGCGGUCAACAUUCAUAUCUUACCACUCGAAGGAAUACAUGAGUAGGAGGGUGUCAUCCAUGAUGUGAUCGAUAAAUUGAGUUUCAUGAAAACAUGGAAAAUUUUCAUUGAGUGACAUAGACUUUAGAGGAAUGAAGUUCAGAACGUAUCGGCUGACAAAUGAAAUUAUAGAGUAUAAUACAAUUAAUAUUGUUAAGUUGUUGACGAUUAAAUUCUUCGUUUUAAUAAAA